AUGCGCAGGAGCAUUUCAGCAGCUGAACGACUAGUGUUAACCCUACGUUUCCUAGCUACUGGCGAAAACUAUCGGUCACUGCAGUAUCUAUUUCGCAUUCCACCAUCAACGAUAUCGAUAAUUAUUCCCGAAGUUUUAGAUGCAAUUUACAAAGUGCUUGUGAAUAUGUAUCUGAAGACACCAAAAGAAGCAGAUGCUUGGGAAGCCAUUGCUGACAAGUUUAAUGAAUUGUGGCAAUUUCCUAACUGUAUAGGUGCAGUGGACGGAAAGCAUGUUGUAAUGGAUGCACCAGCCAAUUCUGGCAGUAUUUUUUAUAACUACAAGGGCACACAUAGCAUCAUAUUAAUGGGCAUUGCUGAUGCGGAGUAUAAAUUACUAUACGUUGACGUGGGUCGUAAUGGCCGAUUUUCUGAUGGGGGUGUGUUUAAUCGUUGCACAUUUGGUCAGGCGCUGGAUACUAACCAGCUUUGUUUACCACCUCUUAAGGCACUACCCGGUCGACAACAAACUAUUCCGUACGUACUUGUUGCUGACGAUGCAUUCGCUAUGCGAUAUAAUCUUUUAAAGCCGUAUAGCCAACGCGGUCUCACAAUGGUACAGCGUGUGUUCAAUUAUCGGCUAAGUCGUGCACGCCGUAUUAUUGAAAAUGUAUUUGGCAUCAUGUCUGCACGUUUCCGAGUACUGCGCAAGCCAAUAUGUCUGAAUCCGGAAAAAACAAUUAAAGUGACACUUGCGUGUUGUGUGCUCCAUAACUUUUUAAUAACAACAAAUAAAAAAAGGUAUGUGCCUUCCAAUGCAUUUGACCAUUACGAUGCCAACGGCACACUUAUCCCAGGUGAUUGGCGUACCGAGGAAGCAGAGGGCAAGUCAAUGUUUCGAUUGCAAAGACAACGUAAUGAUACUUUCAAUGCCAAAGAUAUUCAAAAAGAAUUUACUGAAUACUUCAUCGAAGAAGGUGAAUUGGAUUUUCAGUACUCCCAAAUAAUUCGACAAUGA